AUGAAAUCGUUUGUACUCCCUUUUUUCCUGUUAAUAACAAAUCACUUUAUACAAAGUCAACAAUUUAUUAUUGGUUGUUAUUUUACUAAUUGGUCUCAAUAUCGAUCAAGUUUUGGAUAUUUUGAUCCAUCCUAUAUCGAUCCAUCAUUAUGUACACAUCUUUAUUAUGCAUUUGCAAAUAUUAAUAUUAAAACUCGAAGUCCAAGUCCAUUUGAAAUUAAUGAUAUUCAAUCCUUAUCAAAAGGAAUGUAUGAACAAAUAAAUUUAUUAAAAACUAAAAAUCGUCGAAUGAAAACUUUGUUAACAUUAGGUGGUGCAUCAGUAAAUUCGAUACAAUUUCGAAAUGUUUUUCAACAUGAUAAAAUACGACGUGAAUUUAUACGAAAUACAAUAAAAUAUUUACGAAAAUAUAAAUUUGAUGGUUUAGAUCUCGAUUGGGAAUAUCCAAUAACAGAAAAAGAUCGUCAAAUUUUUUCGUUAACUGUUCGUGAUUAUCGAUUAGAAUUUCAAAAUGAAACUUCUCUAACAAAUCGUACACGACUUUUGUUGACAGCAGCUGUAGCAGCAUAUCAACCAAAAAUUCAAGCUGGAUAUGAUAUUCAAGAAAUAUCAUUAUUUCUUGAUUAUAUCAAUUUAAUGACUUAUGAUUAUCAUGGUAGUUGGAAUUCUUAUAUAGGUUUUAAUAGUCCGCUAUAUCCACGUUCAACUGAAAUAGAUGAUCAACGUUUUCUGAAUCAACAAGCAACAGUUAAUACUUGGCUUGAGGGUGGUUGUCCAUCAUCAAAGCUUAUUCUUGGUCUUGGAAUGUAUGGACGAACAUUUAAACUAAAAUCGAAAACAAAUCCUGAUAUUAAACCAUAUGCACCAUCGAUAGGUGCUGGUUUACCUGAACAACAAGUACCAUUUGCAUAUAAAAAUGAUCAAUGGGUUGGUUAUGAUAAUCAACAAUCGAUAGAACAAAAAUGUUAUUUUAUUGCUAAACAAAAUUUAGCUGGUGCAAUGAUAUGGUCUCUUGAUUUAGAUGAUUUUCAUGCUGAUGUAACAAUAAGAGAUAAACAUGGUUAUACACCAUUAAUAUCAGCACAAAUAAAUCGUAAAGUUGAUACAGUUGAAAUGAUACAAAAUGAAAUUGAACUUCGACAACAAGUUCGACAAGAAACAGAAAAGAAAUUACUUGAUGCUUGUUUUGAUGGUGAUGUUGAAAAAGCAGAAGAAUGUCUUGCUCAUUUGGGUGCACAUGCUAAAGCAGUAUUAAAUUCAAGUCCAAAUGGAAGUGAUACAUUGAAUUUUCUAUAUAGAGCAUGUCGAACAGGAAAUGUUGACUUAGUUAAAUUAUUAUUAAAACAUGGGGCAAUUGCAAAACCACAUCGUCAAACAUCUUAUUCUCCACUUUAUAUAGCUUGUCGAAUUGGAAAUCUUGAAAUUGUUCAAAUGAUUUUAACUCAUUUUCCACAUUUAGUUUGUGUUGCAACACUCGAACAAAUUCUUCCAUUUUCUGCUGCUUGUUCACAAGGUCAUCUAUCUAUUGUACAACUUUUAUUAACAUAUCCAAAUUAUCCAUUUGCAUCAUGUAGUAUUUAUGUUGAUCGCUUACAACGAUCAUAUGUUUUUCCAUUUAAUCUCAAUGGUAAUAAUUGA